GUGGGACCACUCCAUUAUCCCCCAUUUGACGGGCCAAGAAUUGCAGCGAUAUUUUCCUGCCGUUGUUCCAACACAAGCACAGACACCAUGUGGGAAUUGGAGGCAAUGACCUCUACCAGUAGAAGAGAUACCCACGAUGAUGAUAAUGAUGCCAAGCCCUUAGAAGCCAAGAUAAGAAAAGAGACGGACAAUGACAAUGAUACCCUUUGUCCAAGACGACGAGCCGAGCCAGUGAAAGAAGACCGAAGAAUAUCAGCACGUACUGCUACCCAUGCCAUCAGUCUCCAUUUCCAUUCCAGAAGAUGGCUGCUGCUCUUGCUGUGCAUGUUAAGCUUGGUUUCCAGCUUGGAGACGGAAUAUCGCUCUUACAAUGGCUGGAACAACAACUUGCAUAAUCCCCACUGGGGUUCUAUCAAUUCUCCCCGCAUUCGCGAGUAUCCUCCGGAAUCUGGUUUUUAUCAAGACGACAAUACACCCCUGGACGAAGUCAACUCCAAUCUCCCGUCGGCCCGUCGCAUCAUGGAAGAAAUCUUUCACACCGUCCAGCCGCAUGACGACAAGACGGCAUCCCACAUGCUACUCGAGUUUGGACAUUUCAUGGUACAAGAUAUUCUGGGUAGCACGGCCAAUACCAGUGAACCCUUUGAUAUCCCCUGCGAUGGCAAUUUGACCGAUUACGUCUUUUGUCCCGCCACCAACAAGGCGUAUUCCCUCGACCAAAUAUACGGCGCCAAAAACGAUCACGGUCAUAUUCAUUCCAUUCCCUUUUUACGCGAUUCGCACUACCAGGUAACGGACUAUGUGGGCAAUGGCAAGGGGAAUAGCACCACCACAACCACCACUCGGGCCACCAUGAAUCACAUGACGUCCUUUUUGGAUCUCUCCAACAUUUACGGAAUGGAUGCCGAGUUUUCGAGGCGUCAUCGCCAACCCGGUGGACGACUCUAUUUGGGAGACGACAGCCCCUCGGAAUCUCACUGGUCGCAAGAAAUGAAAUCGGGCAUGAACACAUCCCCGGGCGCCUACGCCAUUUACAUUGUCUUGAUGAAGUAUCACAAUUUACUCGCCGACGAAUAUGCACUCGACGCACACAACAAUAAUAGUCGAACGGAUGAUGAAAUAUUUGAACUGGCACGGCGCAAAACCAUUGCCGUAUAUCAAUCGAUGGUGGAAGAAAAAUACAUUCCGACAUUGCUCGGUGAUACACUUGAUCCUUACCAAGGAUAUCAACCGCGUGUCGAUCCGUCCAUUGACGAAUUCUUUGCCGCCGCAUCGUUUCGGUAUGCGCAUUCCAGUUUUUCCAGUUUGGUUCGUAUGUUGGACGCAGAAUUUCAAGGACUGCCCAAUGAACCAUUGCUCUUGCGAGAAGUGUUCAAACAAAAUGUACCGGCACUGAUUCGAGAAAACGGAGGAAUCGAGCCCUUUUUGCGAGGACUUGCCGUGACUCCCGCCAAAGCCAUUGAUGCAUCCUUUGUGCAAGACAUGAACAUUUGGGCCGAAGCUACCAGUGUGUUGGAUGUUCAACGGGGACGUGAUGUCGGACUGCCGCGUUAUAAUGACGUAAGAGAAGCUUUUGGAUUGGAACGAGUCUCGUCCAUGGAAGAAUUGGUGCGGGGAAAGAAUAGUGCAGUAUCGUACAACAACAACAAUACUACUACUAUGACUCAUGAUGAUGAUGAUCAUGACGAUUCGACAUUGAUUGCAGCUCUCAAGACACUCUAUCACAAUGAUGUGGAUCUGGUUGAUGCUUACGUCGGAGCUGUCGCCGAAGCGAAAAAUACAUCGAUUGAUAAUAUGGGGCCAGUCUUCCAUCUGUCGCUCAAGGAGCAAUUCACGAGAUUACGAGACGGAGAUCGAUUCUGGUACAAGGCAAUCUUCCCGGAAGAGGAAUACCUCAACUUUCCAACCAUGUCGCAGCUGAUCAAAUUGGUAUGUGACGACAUGGAGCUGUUCCCCGAUGAUGCCUUUGUUACUCUGGAUGCCGUCAACAGCGCCUCUGGAUCGGAUGGGGCGUGUGAUGUGUCCGGUGGAGGGACAAACCAACUAUCCUUUCUGGGAGGGGAAUACAUUGCAAGAUGGCACAUAGAAGAGGCGGCUGACGCCUCCACAAACACAACCAUUGACGUUACUCUGUCCGUGUUCGCACCCAUGGAGGGACCUGGAUACAUUGGAAUUGGAUGGAAUGCACGGCAAAUGAACGGUGCUGAUAUCUGGUUUUGUACCAUUGACCCGGGCCUUUUUCAGGUGGACGUACCCCCCGCUGCUGCUUGCUCGGGAAACAACAAUACGCUGAGUGGAGAACCCAUGUUCUCUUGCUGUCUCGCCCAAGGGACGCACCACAACCAACCGCAAUGUUCCCAACCGGGAGAUGAUCUCUACUAUACGCUCGAAGUUGUGGAUUGGUGUCUCUCGCGGCAGCAAUCUUCAGUGACGGUGCGUACCGUGGUCUGCGCGGAUGAUGUGGAGGCUGCUUCGGAUUGCUUCAUGCUGUCAUCUACGCAAGAGGACAAAAUGGACAUGAUUGUUGCCUACAAUCUUCUGUCGCUGAGCCGGCCUCACGGAUACCAAAGAAGGACCAAUGCACAGGUAGACUUGAAGGCAGGAAUCAUCACGGAAAGCGAAGCAGGAACCGCUGACGCGGGCUUGAUUGCGACUCAUGGAGUGUUCAUGCUGUUUGGUUGGAUGGUUGUUGCUCCCUGGGGAGUCUUCGUUGUCCGCUACAUGAAGACGCGGAAGUGGCGACUCGUGGCUCACAUCUCUUGCAUGGGUUUUGUUGGAAGUAUGAUGGUUCCAUUGCUUAUUGGAGUUGAGGCAUCGGUAGGGGCCAGCGACAAGACGGCCGAACACGCUCUAGUUGGUUUGAUCAUCAUGGGUGUUUUCUUUCUCAUGGCUGCAACAGGGAGAUUCCGAUACCUCAAGUGGGAAGGUCAAAGGAUUGGAAAGAAGACGGAUUUGUUGACUAUGAUCUUUCACAAGUACGGUGGUGCCACAUUCAUUGCUCUGGCAUGGUGGAACUGUUACACUGGCUUGGUCAGAAUAGGACCAGAGGACUCAAAUAUCGAGCUUGUGCUCUUCAGCUCGUACUCGAUGGGAUACAACAUGGACAUCUUUGGUUUCAUUCGACAAUAUAUCUACGGGCCUUACGUUGCCUUUGUCGGAGUUGUUUUCUUGGUUGCUGAAAUCCGCAUGCGAAGAUUGGGCAGUGCCCAGAUGAAAAUGGAACUCGCCGGUAGUCUGUGGGAUGAUGAUGGAAGCAACCUUGACACCAUGACAAUGGCUACAUUCCUUGACGUUACAAGGUUGGGCAAUUCUCUUUGUGUUGUGGACGGUCGAGUGCUUGAUAUCACUGAGUUCAUCGACUCGCAUCCAGGCGGCCCCGAUUUUCUGCGCUAUGUGCGGGGUUCAGACAUUACAGAUGAAUUUCUGGGCAAGCGCGACGUAGAUGGAGUCCGACACGUCCAUAGCCAGGGUGCUGUCGCGCUCAUGAAGAAGUUUGUCAAAGCAAAGCUGAUAGAAAGCGAAGAGGGGCUUAAAAAGGGUCAGCGUGGUUCCAUGUUGGCAAAUGUGUUACAAAAUCGCAAGUCUCCACACGAUACAACUCUCGCCUUCCAAGAGUCUUUCAAGAAGUUGCUUCACCGUCCUAGUACCCUGGCAUCAAAAGCUUUUCGCCGUGGAAAAGUCAUUGACGUACGUUACCUGGCGCCAUCAUCCUCUUCCCUGCAAGACGAAGACGAUAAGAAGCCGGUCAUUUUGCUUCGUGUGUCACUUCCCCGCUGCAAAGAAGACGAUUUCAAACCGAAAGAUGUGGCUAAAAUUCCCGGGGCCACAUUCCGUUUUCGUGGAAUGGACAAGAGAGGAAACAUGUUCGAGAGAGAAUAUACUGCACUACUCCUGGAUCACAAGAACAUAUCGACCAACAGCCGUCAGCUAUCGCUACUGAACCUCCAGGCUGAAUCAUCAAAGUCCAUAUUAACAGCUUUUGAACCAUUCGACGAAAGAAGCAACGAGGCGGCAAAGGAGAAGAAGGAAGAGGAAAGUACGUUUGACUUUGUGAUUAGUCUAAUUCCUGGUGGCAAUAUGUCGUCGUUCAUCAUGGGAUUGAAGGCAGGCAAGCUGCUGUUGGCUCAAGGCCCCAAGUGCAAUUCGAGAGUAUUGGACAAAGUGGAAGGGGGGCGUUUUAAGUCUGUUGUGCUGAUUGCAUCGGGUACCGGUGUUGUACCGAUGAUUCAGCUUAUCGACUACUACCUUUCUUGUAAGAGCGGUUGUCCAACUAUCUUUCUCAUAUGGAUACUCAAGUCCUCGGCAUACAACUACCAUGAGGAGCUGGGACUUCAAGGUCGGGUCAAACACUCGAGAGGUCGGUUGAAGUGGGUCACCUUUUAUUCAUCGUCACUGGAUGUUGAUCGACCUGAACUCAAAAAGAAGAGAAGCAUCUUGAACGAUCUGGGUCGCAGGUCUUCCGUGUUUGAUGCCUUGAGGUCGUCUGUACUUGACCCCUUUGCUUCAUCAAUGGGUUUGGGAUCCACUGCCCAUUCGAGAUCUAGCCGUCCAAUGCCCAGCAUCCUAUGGAAGAAACAGAAGCCGAAAGUCAAGGACCUCAUUGCUUACGCACAGCACGAUGACUACGACAACUCUUUCGAGGCAGAGUUAUUCAACCCCCAGGAUGAUGUGGUUCGUCUUGACCCGUUGUUCUGGGAGAAGAAGCCUCAGUUCAUUUCAAAACAGAUUGAUCCGCGCACUAUCGAGGAGUUGCUCGUCUCCAUAGAAGCGUGCACGAAGGAACAACAGGCAAUGGGAGCACCGUGGCGCGAAUCCAAUCACAGUGCGUCUUCUCUCAGCAGCGCGGCCUCAUCUUCAGAGGAGGAGGACGACUUGGAUGGCAUUGCACGUGUAUUGAUGGAAACCGUUACAGUCUCAAACCACAAGGAUGCCACGGGGCUGAUGACCCACAACGAUUGCUUUGUUGGGAAGGAGGCUGUGGACUGUCUCAUCAGUUUGGGGUACGAGCCAUCCAGGAAAGAUGGUAUGAGACUAGGACAUGCAAUGCUGCGGGCUGGUCUCUUGCAGCGUGUUAGCGGUAUUCAAGGAUUUACGGAUGACGAGUCUCUGUUCCGUUUCACUCUUCCUGAUCGCGUGGAGGAAAAGAAGGCUGGAUUUGCACUGGACCAGGUCGAAGGGGAAGGAGGAGACCCAAGAAAUGUGGACGAGGAGGUAAAGGCAGAACAAGAAACCAAAGAAGCAACCGAUGUGGAAUCACUGACCGAUGAUGAUGCAAUCCAGGAGGUAGGGACCGGGAGAAUGGUGAGUCGAUCAGCCCAUUCGGCUUGUCCCUCGAUGGAGUCCAUCCCGGAGCAAUCCCCUAAAUUGUGGGACGUCGAGGAUCCAGACAUUGAACUCGAAGGCACGGAGGAACCAGACAUUAAACUCGAAGGCGAAGUUGAUGGCAGUUUUGAAGAUAUGUUUGUUGCUGUGUCAGGCUCGCCCAUGUAUGAAACAACUAUGAUUGAGAUCCUGCGGUCCAUUGGCAUGCCGCGAGAUCAGAUUUUGACGUUUUCAGCUUCGAGUGAGUGAUGUUGGGACCACCCCUUUACCGUUAUGCUGCUGGGCUUGGCAAGGCAAACGAGCAUGCUCAACAAAAGUGCGGUCGAAGGUCGAAGCAACGUAACCAAGGUGAAUGGCACCGUAUGUACCAGCCUGUACAUCGUUGUUUCUUCCAAGCUCAAGAUCGAGUCCCUUCUUGUUUCCGGUUGCUACAUAGAUUUAGCAAGCUAUAGGCUUUACAAUAUAUAAGGGGGUUAGAGUAAGGAGGUUAUCUACGGAAGCCAGGUUGCACACAGCAAAUAGAUUGGUGUAGUAUGGGGAUUUUCAGCACUGGGAAUACCAGACAGAUGAACAACUGGGAUCCUCUGCAUAGACACCAAAAAAUAACGAAGUUUUAUUAUUUAGGCUGCACCUCAAUAGACCACCCGCUGAACGGAGCCAUAUUGAACCGGAGUACACGUACCUCAGACGUACAAGGACGCCCACAUAGGAACCGGCCUAGUGCAUAGACACCGAUUACAGCGGCAAAGAGCAACGGAAGUGAUUGUUAUGGUGAGGACGCACUGAGGACCCCGUGGAAUAGAGUCGGUGCUUCGAAAGGAGGACUGCCGACUGAGGACUCAGCACUUUUCUAGCCUACUAGACUAGCUGAAGGUAGAACGUCAUCAAAACUAUUUUUAUUGUUAUUAUUUGUU